UUUCUUGGGGAAUUUAGUGUAAAAAUAAGCUGGGAAGGAAUAAAUAUAAACAACUUUGAGAAUUAUGGUCGGGGUCGGAAUUUGUGAAAUUGAAGUAUCGAUUCUUGAGUCCGUGGAUAACAUUAUUAACAAAUAAAUUUCUCUUCCUCUUACGCAAAAUCCACCUUUAGUUGCCUUUACUCUCCACUAUUCCAUUUCCAAAUCAUUAUUUUAUCUUCAAUUUAUAUUUUUUAUUUAUAUUUAGAGAAUGUCGUUAUUCUUUUUAUUUAUUUUCUUCAAUUCACUUUUUAACUUUGUUUCUCCAUAUUCCAUUUUUGUAAAAAUUUCUUGGCGAGAUAACGGAGAAAAUGGAGAAAAUUAUUACAAACGCUUGGCUAAAGAAGAGGACGAAAGAUUUAAAUUGGAAUUGAAUGGAGAUCAGUUCGGCAAUCCAAGAUUGACUGACAUAAACGAUACAUUUCACUUUGAGAAUCUAAAUGCAGGCCCUUUUACAUUGAAAAUAACAAUUUAUGGGCUUAUUAAAGUUAGUGUAAGGAAGGACGGAUAUUGGCACUAUAGAAGAAAUACUGGAAAAUGAUACA